GAGAACGCAAAGCGGCAACAAUGCAGCUCAGAAACAGCGACACGAAGAAUAAAUCUGUCCGUUUGUAAGUGUGAGAGUUUGAUUUGAAAGCGAAGCAGCUGUUAAUAACACUGUACAAUGAGUGCAAAUGAUGAGCGAAAGCGGCGAGAAGGAGGCACAGGGAGAUAACGAAUGCAUCGAGUCGGAAGCAGAAAGAACACUGAACUGGAGCAGCUACAAAUUGCUUGUUGAUCCAUUGUUAGAUGGUGGAAAGGAAAAGCUGUAUCGCUAUGAUGGACUGCAUUUCAGCACACCUAAUCCUGGAUUUCAUCCACCAGAAGUCAGAGACCCCAGGAUUGCUCGCUUUUGGACCAAGUUUAAAGAGACAAGUCUUCCGAUUCCCAAGUUCAAGAUUGACGAGCAUUACGUUGGGCCACCAAGGGAGGUGACGUUUGCCAGGCUGAAUGACAACAUCAAGGCAUCGUUCUUAACAGACAUGUGCCGAAAGUUUGGUCAAAUCCAAGAAGUGGAGGUUUUGUACAAUCCCAAGAACAAGAAACAUUUGGGAAUAGCUAAAAUCAUUUUUGAAACUGUCCGAGGGGCCAGUGACGCGGUCCGAAAACUUCACAACACUUCAGUUAUGGGAAACAGCAUUCACGUGGAGUUGGACCCAAGGGGAGAGAAGAGGAUGCGAUAUUUCCAGCUGCUUGUCAGUGGACUGUAUACACCCUUUACUCUUCCUUUAGGGGAAGAGGCCUGGGGACCUCAGUCACCCACUUACAGCUCUGACUCACACAAUGAGUUUGAUCUGGUGAAGCGCCUGUCUCACGGGUUUCUGUCUUCAUCUUCUGUGAUCCUUGGCUCCACCCCAUUUGAUUGCUCCACCCCAAUGUCCAUGGACACCGCCUAUUCCAGUAUGCAUCAGGACACUCCAUGUAGUUUCUGGCAGGACACUCCACAUGGCUCGCCUAUGUCUCAUAGUAAUCCAGGAACCCCACCACACUGUGAGGGCAGUACAAACACAAUGGAUACGACCAUUGAUGUGAAUGCUGCAAAAAGCCUCCUACAUUCGAUACCAUUCAACAUUUCUGAAUCCCAACCUACACAUCACAAUCCUCACCUUGUCCAGUUAACACCACAAACACCAAAUACUAGGCAAGGGUCUUUAUUUAGCAUUACUCAAUUUCCCCGGACCUCCAAAGGGCACAUGGUAGCAGGAGGCCAGAUCCACAAAGUUAUCAGGGCUCCUCAAGGUGGACACAGGGAUCAGACUUGGGGCACUAAAUACCAAAACGCUUAUAACCGUAGGCUGGAGCAUCGCUAUGUGCACAGGCCUGGAUUCAACAGAUCUCACUAUCGCUCUGGAUGCACCACCAACCUAGUGCCUCUAGUUACAUUUCAAGGACCUUCAGCUGCUCAGACACAGCAAAAUAAGUCUCUGGUACCUCUUAUCCAAAGUAAUAGUAGCAGCACAAAUGCACCUACAGGACAAACAGCCAUGGAAGCACCUACAGGAAAUAUGAACAAGGAACCAAUUCCAUCAGCAUCCCAGAGGGGUAAUUUGUGCCAAAUACAAACAUUGUGCUCCGAGUCACUAGGGGAUGGUCUUCAAAAAACACCUCAUAACAUCGUUCACUCAUCUCCUCAUGUGUCUGAGGUACAACACGAGGACACGGCUGUAAAACCACAAACCCCAGAACAGUGUGUCUCCUCUGAGCCAGAGAAAAGCCCAUCAGCAGGGUCUCUUCCUCCAGAACCAGCUCCAAGCAGCCUGGACUCUCGUAUCAAGAUGCUCCUGGGCAACCAGGGUUCAGAGUCAGAAGAGAAUGAGGAGAACUCAAACUCAGGAGAUUGGGUUUCUGUAAACAUUUCUCAACUGUUCUCCGAAUCUGGUCCCCCUUCUCCUCAAUCCCCUGAUGCUGCACCUACAUUAAACUUUCCUGCAGAUUCAGGUCACUGUAGUUCCACACAGCAAACCUUAUCAAACAUUCCAUUGGAUUUUGAAGAUGUGAGUCCUUUUCCUCUUCCGGACUCAGCAGAAGAAGGAGAGGAGCCUCAACCAUGUAAUGAACCUCUGUCCAAGAUACCUGUCAUUUCAACUACACGGCCAGCUCAGCAACCUUCUCACCAGUCAUCUACGAAUAAGCUGUCCUUAAGAGAAGGACAAACAUCAGAGAAGCCCAUUGGACCUGGGACCUGCUCUUCACCUGCUCCUCCUGUGUUUCCAGUGCCUCCUCCUCCGGUUCUCCUACCUCCACCUCCACUAUGCUUUCCUACCCUACCCCCCACAGUUCUGCCUCCUAUGUGUGGACCUUCGGCUCCCUUAUUGCCCCCUGUACCACUUCAAAUGACUUCUCCUCCUCCUAAGCUCACUGGACAUCCUUUGCCUUUUUGCCUGCCACCAAAGAUCCCCAUGGGACAAGUGAACAGGCCCCCAAGGUGGACUCAUGCACCUCCUCCUUCUGUACCUCUUCCUAUCCCAACCAGAAUAACCCAAGGGAAAUCUCACACUGUUUUUCCACCUCCGUUUAACAUUCUUCCUCCCCCACCACCCUUUCCAAGUCCGGAUGGAGCCAGACAGGCACCAUUUAAUUCAGCAACUGUCCCUGGUUACAGAGCUCCUUGGCCACCUGUGCUCUUGCCUGUGUUUGACCCAUCCGUGCCUCCUCCAGGCUACGUACCUGUAAGUGAGUUGAUCCACAAGGCCACGGUGGAUGGAGUAUUCGCCGCAGUAGCUGCAGAACUCAGGGUCAUAGUGAAAAAAGACAUUCAUCGCAGAAUCGUAGAAGGUGUUGCCUUUGCAGCCUUUGAUCAAUGGUGGGAGGAGAAGGAACACUCAGUUAAGGUAUUGACGGUUUCUGUGAAAUCUGGAGAAAGUAAAGAGAAAGAACCUGUGAAGCUUAAAGUUUUGCAACCAUGGCAGACUACCGAGAGUGUGGGGUCUGAUAGCGCAAUAAUAGGCUCAGGACUGGGUUUGGGCCUCCGCUCUGCCCUCAAACUGCCUUCAUUUAAGGUGAAACGUAAGAAUUUAUCUGGUGAGGAUCCAGUGGAGGCUAAAACAUCGUGUCCCUCCUCUUCACCUGGCCACACACUCUCAGAGGAAGCAGAAGCAGGUCUGGAGGCUAACGUGCAGGAUGAAGAAGUGGAAGAGCCCCAGACAGAUCAGGGAGGCCCUGUGGUGAAACGGCGUCACGCCAGACCUCUGGAGCUGGAAAGUGAUGAGGACUCUGAUGAAGAACUGAAUGAGGAAGAGGAGGAGGAGGAGGAGGAGAACUAUGGGAACGUAGAGGAGUUGGGUUCUAAACAGGAAAAGAGCAAGAAAACAUUUUUUUUUAAUACUGAUCAGGAAGAUGAUGAUGAUGAUGAUGAUGAAGGAGAAGACAAAGGUGAUGGGAAAAAGGGGAGAUUUUUAGAAGUGAAGGAAGACGCUAGAGACGGGAGGCUUUCAGUUGUGAGAGAGGAGGAAGCUCACUCAGACAAAGAGGUAAUAAGCAUAGCGUCAUCAGAAUCCUCCUCCAUCAUGGAUUACGAAUCCACGCACUCAUCACGAUCUGCCUCGAGCUCCUCUGAUGAGAGCCGUUACUCCUCUGACUGCGGGGAGUCGCAGGAAAACGAUGAGGACGAAGGAGAGGGUCCAUCAUCUGAAGCUCCAAAAGAGGUCCAAGCAGUCGAGGAGAUUUGGAUCUCAUCAGGCGAAGAUGACGAGGAAUAUGUAUCUCUUUCUUCUGUGAACUCCUCGGAGGACGAACUCGACCCUCCUCUGACUCCGUCUGCUCCGAUGUCUCACGGUGGUGACCCAGACGACACACUGCUAGGCACUGAUCCACAGGAAGAGCUGCGGGUACGAGUGUUCCUGCACAGCUACGGCUACCAGGACCCAGUCAUUCAGCACUUGUCUGACAAACUUGAGCUGUCUGACCCGGCUCUGCUUUCUUCAGCUCAUGAGCUGGAGCUUCAGCGUCCACCAUCGCCAGCUUAUAGAGAGUUCUUCACUGAAGAGGGGUUGGAGACGGAACUGGACGAUCCAGGCUACGCAAAUGAAUUACUCGAGGAUUCGGGGAACCUCAGACCCCCCACACCAACAGGCUCACUCCCUGAAAGCGAGCCCGAGCUCGUCAUCAGGCACAGGCUUUCGCCCCCUACUGCCGAUGAGGUAGAACUGCCCUGUACUCCUGGAGGAGGGUUUGAAACUGACACUGAAACUCCUAUUUUAUCCCCGGCUCCUACUCCUCCUCUCCUUCCUCCGCCAUCUCCCACAGGCUUCCAGCUUUCCCCCUCUCCACCACUCUACUUAUCCCCUCCUCCUCUCCCAUCAACUUAUCCUGCCUAUGAAGAAACUCCUAAAACACCAGGCAGGAAUAACAGAGAGGAUCAGAUACAUCAUACAGCAACCGUUACACGAGAUGCGGUGCUCAGGUUGGCGGUGCACAGCCCGUUCUCUCCUUCCUUUCUGUCUGUAUCACCUCACAGAGGAUGCGGGAUUCCCAGAACUCCGGGACGAGACACGAAUCUGUCCUCACCUUCUUCUGAGGACAGUGAGGUCAGGUUUCAGCAAAGGGAACAUUCGCAAGGUCACCGGGCACGCUGUUCGCACCAAAUCCACAUCCACAGCACCAGCUCCUCUCCUUACUCCUCUGAUUCCUCAAGUUCAGAGACACAAGAUUCGAGAUUCUCUACAAAUCGGUUGGCACGUUUCAAUGCUGCACGCCUGAGGAAGAGAAGAGAACAGAUGCAACGUAAAAGGAGAAUGAUCCUCUUGCAGAGAAACAGGCGAAACAAGGAUGAUUUUACUAAAUCACCAUCGUGUGAUACAGCUCCAGAUUUGAGCAGGGAAUUAGCAGCACAGGCCAAAAAGCCACUGCAGGGACUCGAGAACCGAUUAGAAAACAGGCUUCACCAGGGGCCACUGGAGAACCAGAGACUACCCGUACCACUGUACCCAUGGAGAAAGAGAAAGUUGUGGCCUCACACCGGUUUGUUUGCCCCUCGGUCCAAACGGAGAGAAAGGCUGCUGAUCGAUGCUGUCUGGACUAAAGGAGUGAACAUGGAGGAGAUUGGCCACCUGAAGGCCUCAUAUGAGAGGAUGCUGCUGCAAAACAACACCUGCGACUGGCUCCGAAGCACACACUGGGUUCCUCAUCCUCCUAGCAGCGUUCCUCUCGAAUGGCCACCGAAAUUGCCCAAAGGCGUUCGCUAUCACACGACAGGGUGUGCACGCUCUGAGGGAUUCUACGUCAUCAGCAAGAAGGACAAACUGCACUACCUCCGACACACACACAGUGCCUUGGGAGACCUGACUGCAGACACUCAGUAUAAGAACGCUGCAGCUCAGCUUCCCUCGUCGUCCCGAUCCGGGUCAGAUUUCCGAGCCGAACAGCGCCGCCUGCUCUCCUCCUUCAGCUGCGACAGUGACCUGCUCAAGUUCAACCAACUGAAGUUCCGUAAGAAGCGGCUGCGCUUCAGCAGAAGUCGCAUUCAUGACUGGGGACUGUUUGCAGAGGAGCCGAUAGCCGCUGAUGAAAUGGUGAUCGAAUAUGUGGGUCAGAGCAUCCGGCAGGUGAUAGCGGACAUGCGUGAAAGGCGAUACGAGCAGGAAGGCAUCGGCAGCAGCUACCUGUUCCGUGUCGACCAGGACACCAUCAUUGACGCCACCAAGUGCGGCAACCUGGCCAGGUUCAUCAACCACAGCUGUAACCCAAACUGCUAUGCCAAGGUCAUCACCGUAGAAGCCAAAAAGAAAAUAGUCAUCUAUUCCCGCCAGCCGAUCAGCGUCAACGAAGAGAUCACGUACGAUUAUAAAUUCCCCAUUGAGGAUGAGAAGAUCCCCUGCCUGUGUGGAGCCGAGAACUGCAGAGGAACCCUCAACUAAACAGAUGUACCAUGCAAUAAUGUCAUGAUGUCAUUGUUUUAUUACCAUCUGUCUUCCUCCAACAUGCAGCAAUAACCCUCCAUGACUCAUAAAGAUCUUGCGAUGCUAUUUUAAUCAUUACAAGUGAUGUAGUAUAUACACAGUCCAUCAGUUAGAGUACUCAAAGGACUUGUAAUGAUGUGGUUACUUCUUUUAAGUAGAUCAAUUUAAUAAUAAAUGACACAGUGUGAGAAAUCUUCAGGGACAUGUCCUAACAAAGAGGUUAUCAACUCUUAACGAGUUAAUUGGAAAACCUUACCUAAUGUCUAUCUCGGGAUUUAAAUCCAGAGGUUUUGUAUGUAUACAAUUCAUUGUACAGCG